AUGGAGAAGAACAAUUCAGUGGUUGCUGCGACGAACGAAAAGGUGAGCACCGCAUACAUAUCUGAUGAUAUUGCCUUCUCUAUUCUCUCAAAAUUGCCUCUUAAAUCUUUCAAGCGUUUUGAGUGUCUUCGCAAAUCAUGGUCCACUUUAUGUAAAAACCAUCACUUCAUGGACAUGUUCCGCUGCAAUUUCUUAUCCAAUUCUCACUGUGAAGGUGCAUCUCUCCUACUUUUUGAUAAUGAAAACUGUAAUGAAGUUUUGUAUUGUGUUUCUGGUGAGAGUAAGGUUGAGUCGGAGAAUUUUUCUGAUAUUUAUGUUCCGUCUCGUCUUCAUGGAUUUGGUUAUAACCAUGUUACGAAUGACUAUAAUGUCAUUCAGCUUAUAAAAGUUUGUAUAAAAGAAAAACCAUCAUAUGAUUACUCUGGUGACGUCAAAGAAUUUGUAUCUUACCGGACAGUGCCAAAAUGGGAGAUAUAUAGCCUAAGGAGUAACUCGUGGAGAGAACUUGAUGUUGACAUGCCGUCUUCUGUGGACUGUACUGAAGGCACCCAAAUCUACAUGGACGGUGUGUGUCAUUGGUUGUGUGAAAAACAUAAAGAUAAUCCCAUUGGACCAUGUUUGGUAUCAUUUUACUUGAGCAAUGAAGUGUCCUUCACAACAGCCAUACCCCCAGACGUAGAUGAUUGUUUUGAUGUUAAAGCAAAGUGGAAAAACUUGGUGGUGUUAAAUGGGUACAUAGCAUUGAUCUCAUAUCGUAAAGAGACAAGUACUUUUCGUGUAUCAAUUUUGGGUCAACUCGGUUUCAAAGAAUCGUGGAUCAAACUCUUUAUGGUUGGACCGUUGCCUUACGUUGAGCGUCCUAUCGGAGUGGGGACAAAGGGGGAAAUAUUCUUCAUAAGAAAAGAUAAAGAAGUGGCUUGGUUUGAUUUGAGUACCCAAAUGAUUGACGUGCUUGGUUAUACAACAGAGGGUUUUCAUUCUCUUUGUAGGAUGAUAAAUUAUAAGGAAAGCAUUGUUCCAUUUGAGGAAUAA